AUGGCGCCUAGCACCGAGACCGCACAAAAUAACCCCACCUCCUCCGCGACGAAAACUGCCAAUAACGUCACCUACGAGACCUUGAUGCGCGCUGUCAAAGAGGAUGUCCAACUCCGUGACGAUUUCCGCUACGUUGCUCCUGCAGACCGCCUCGAUUUCUCUCCUGCGCCACCCCCCAAGGCACUGAAAGACUACCUGCCAACCAGACUUCGCGUUGGCGAGUCGUACAGCUACGAGAGUGACGUCUAUGCCUAUGUUCAUCGGAGUCGCAAAAAGCAGCAAACAUCUUCGCCGAAUUACAAUGGCGUUACUUACGUCCUGGGGUGGGGAGAGACAGUUAAUCCGGAAGCCGUGGUAUUCUCGGAUCAUUUUGCGAACGUCUGGUCGCGUGCCGAAAUCAUGCCCGCAUACUUCGACCGGAUAAGGUUCAUGAUCCUCUUCUAUUACUUAGAAAAAGGGCACUUGGGAAGCUUUCCUGAGUUCAAAGGCCAUGGUAUCGGGAAAUUCAAGAAAUGCUGCGAUUCAAUUGCGGGCAUUGCGCGACAUACACACCAACCUGCUUAUCGUUCUGAUAUCACGAUGCAAGCAAACAACAUGGUGGACCAAACCUCAUCGGCCCAUACCACGGCACCCCUUCAGGAGACAGAUACCACUGGAUCUGCGCAUCCGGGCACUGAUCGAACGCUUCUGGCUGGAGCACCUGAGCACUCUGUCGUAACACCUGCAGCAGACAAAGUAUCGAAGACCCGGACUCCUUCAACGUCAAUUGAUAUCGCAAAAGACGUCAACACAAGCUCCGAGGGAGAGAUUGGGACUGCGUCUGAACAGAAUACGACUCCGUCAAGCCAAAACCCUCCUGCCGGUGUCCAGGACCAGAGCACCAUCGCACAAGCCCCACCCGCUUCGCCCUCUCCCUCAUCAAAGAAGAGGUCGCGAGAAACGAUGGAGGAUAUUAUUCAUGAUGGAACAAUAACAAUGGAAGGCGGCCACAGCUUGCACUAUCUUCGCCAAUUCGUGGAUGCCCUCAGAGAGGAAGCAUGCAAAAAAGUGAAGACGGAAACCGAGAGUCUCCAUAGCAAAAUUCAUGAAUUGGAGGUAGCUUGUGCAACUGCUGUCACCGGAAAAGCUAAAGCGGAAGAGAAGUCUAAGGAAAUGGCGAAUGACACGCAGAGGUACUGCACUCUCAUCAACGACCUCGAAAAGGAAAAGAACAAAGAGCGAAGCGACAGAAUCGAUACAGAAUUUAGACUCUACGACCUCAAGGUACGCCGUGAUCUGGUUCUCAAGGAAUCCAACGGUGAAAUCGAGAAACUGCGGACGCAGGUAGCAAAGCUAGACGAGGAGAAGCAAGUUGCGGAAUUGGAGCUGCAGAGACUCCGUGCUCUGGAAGGAGAGACAGCGAAGAUGCUGGAAGAGAAAAAGAUUGCUGAAACGGAGAACCAGAAACUUCAGGAGGAAUUGAAAGGGCUUAGAGAAUUCAAGGCCGCGGUCCUUGCAGUAACAUCAAACCAGUAA